AUGACCCCCCGCACACCGACACUCCUCAGGACAGGGACAGCUGCACUCUCGAGGUGCCUGCGCACCGCUACAGCAUACCGUCCCUCCAGAUUCCAGCUUCACUCCUACUCCACAGCGCCUCCCCCACCUCCUGCUGGAACCAAGACUGUGCCUUCGACCUUCCAAGUCUUUAACCGCGAAACAAAGCGACAGCAAAAGGAACGGGCUGCCAGUAAUGCACAAUUGAGUCGUCAGGUCGACUAUGUCAAGGACGAGGUCGCCUUCCGCGUGGUCGAUCGCCUUCUGGAUAUCAAACGCGAGUUCAAUGAGGUGGUCGAGCUGGGUUCAGGAUGCGGUCAUGUCGCCAAACACGUCGAUACAGAUAUGAUGAAGAAACUGAUUAUGUGCGACAUGUCCGAGGCAAUGCUUAACCGCGAUAGGGAUGUCGAAUACGAAGGCAAACGCGUCGUUGAUGAAGAGAACCUGCCGUUCGAGGAAAACAGUUUGGAGUGCGUUGUGAGCAGUCUAUCCAUGCACUGGAUCAAUGAUCUGCCGGGUGCCAUGAUUCAGAUCCAGCGUAGCUUGAAGCCCGAUGGUGUGUUCAUUGCAGGACUCUUUGGUGGCGAUACCCUCUUUGAACUGAGAACAUCAUUACAAUUGGCAGAGUUGGAUCGUGAAGGAGGCAUCUCGCCUAGAAUCUCUCCGAUGGCUGACAGCCGUGAUCUUGGCGCUUUACUUUCUCGUGCCGGGUUCACACUUACAACAGUCGAUGUGGACGAGGUCACAGUCAAUUACCCCAGCGCAAUUGAGUUGAUGGAGGAUCUGAGGGCCAUGGGUGAAAGCAACGCUGUCAUCAAUAGAAGGGGACUCCUCAAGCGGGAUACGAUGCUGGCUGCUGCUGCAAUCUACAAAGAGAUGUACGGCAACCCAGACGGAACAGUUCCUGCCACCUUCCAGAUCCUUUACAUGAUCGGAUGGAAGCCAUCAUCGACACAGAACAAGCCUUUGGAGCGUGGCUCAGCAAGGCAUUCGCUCAAAAAUCGUCUCGAAGGCGAAGGCACCUCAGCUACGCCGACUAAACCCGAAUAA